GUGCUAGGUACUAGUUUCUCUCCGAUUCUAUCUACUGCUAUUGCUGCAUUGCAACCGAACGUGCCAGCAAUGACAAUGAUGGGGUCCAGAUGUGCCAGGAAACCAGGGACUGGGAACCCUCAUGAAGGUUCCGGCCACGCUCAAAGAGGAAAAUGAGCGUCGGCCCUGCAAUCAAACGCAUUGGCCCAGAACAAUCAUUACGGUGACGAUCACCAAAGCACUUUUCAGGAACGAGCCAAUUCUUGUAUCAUGGACCAGGCUCGACGUCUCGGUUCGAGCACGCUAAUUAGGUCGACCCCAGGAAUUGCAGGGAAGUCUUCCCCUGGCCCACAUUUUCGCCUCGGCCGCAGUUCCCUCCCAUAUGUACAGCAGAGCCAAUCUCAGCCUCAAGCACUCGUUCAGAUCUCCAGCUUUGUUUAUAAUAACAUAUUAACUACUCUUAAUAUCUAUUCAACUACCGUCGUUAAUACUGUCAAGAUGAAGUUCUCCGCUGCCUUGUUCACUCUGUUGGCCACCAGUGUCAUGGCCAACCCCACCAAGGUUGCUCGCGAGCCUACCCUCGUCGAGCGUGACGCUGCUUCCAUCACGAGCGUCCUUUCCGACAUUAACACCCAAGUUCAGUCUCUUGACUCGGCCAUCAACUCUUACUCUGGAGGCGACCCCUCCAAAGUCGAGUCCGCCUCUUCCUCCUUGGUUUCGGAGAUUAACUCUGGUGUCUCUACUGUCAACGGAGGAUCUGAGCUCAGCGCCACCGAUGCUCUCACCAUCACUGGCCCCGUUCAGGACCUCACCAAGGAGGUGCAGACCACCAUUGAUGAUCUGAUUUCGAAGAAAUCCGACUUCGUGUCCGCUGGGGCUGGUGCCACUGUCUACGCUCAACUGCAGAAGCAGUACACUGCUUCCAAGAACCUGGCCGAUGCCAUCACCUCCAAGGUCCCGUCCUCUCUGUCUAGCAUCGCUAGCUCCUUGUCUUCCGGUAUCACCGACGCCAUUCAGAAGGGUGUCGAUGCCUACAAGGACGUGGCCACCUCGUCCGCCUCGUCUGCUAGCUCCACCUCCGAGGCCUCCAGUGCUACCUCCGCUGCCUCUGCUACCGAUGCCACUACUGCUGCCACCACUGCUGCCUCCACCACUGAGAGCGCUGCUGCUUCCACCAGCUCCAGCCCCGUCAUCCCUAGCUCUCCCUCCUCUGCUUCUGCCUCCUCCACUCCCAGCGGCUCUGCCUCUGCCUCCGCCUCUGCCUCUCCUUCCCUCUACACCGGUGCUGCCAGCGUGGAGCGCUUCAGCUACACUCUCGGUGGUGCUGCUGUUGCUGCUGCCAUUGCCAUCGCUGUCUAAGUGGGACACAACGAUGGACAGCGUGAGCCCUGCGACGAAUAACAAGGUGAAAUGGUCAAGGUCCACAACACUCCUCCCUUUACUGCUUCAAUAAAGGCAAUGGACUUGCCGAAUGUAUAUCUUACUACUGCCUCAUGAGGCUUAGAACCUGUAACAACUUCGAGGCUUGAAUAUUUCUGUUAUUUUGUUUCUUGUCAUCUGUUGUUAUAGCUAUAAUACAGUGGAUUCUGGCGACGCUUGUGUCUAAAAGCAGUAAUAUAAUUACAGAGUAG